CCCCCAAAAGGAGGAACAGAAUCCAUGAUACAUGGUCCAUGAUACAUGAUUCACGAUUCCACGACUCACGAUACACCAUUCACAAUUUCACAGACACAAAUCGAGCAGAACGGUACAAAUCAGUUACUAAGCCCUCUUGUGUCCAUUGUUGACCCGCAAUCAAAUGUAUUCAAAUCAACAAACUUGAAAUCCAUCCAUCCACAAUCCCAAAUUUAUCCACUUCCCCACCGAAACAACCCUCCAACGAAAACGUAUUGCGAAAGAAGACCGCCAGGACCACACACCGUAGCACUCGACUCGAGCAGACCACCUCCCCCCAUCCACCUGCCACCUGCAGUUCAACCCGGUUACAUUUCACAUUGUCCAAUAUACAUUUUAUUCUUCCCCUUAAAGCGGAAAAGCGGGAUAUUUUUAAAACAACUUAUCACAAUUUAAUUCAUCGUCAAUCAUCUGGAUCAUUCAACUUUCAUGUCAUCUGGCGGUGUUGCCAUUCGUGUGGCUCAGUCUCAAUCUCAUGGACCUCUUUUGAGAACGAAUACAGCGCCUGUAUUCAACAAUAGAAGCGCCGAGGGCAACGGAUCCGGUUUGAGUCAAACAAUGAGCCAUAAUUCACGAUCGUCGCAGCUCACGGGCUCGACUGCCUUUACGACUUCCUCUACGACUUCAUUAAAUUCUUUAUCUACUUCUGCGACACUGGUUCCAGCCCCGCUGGCGAUGCCAGUACAGGGCGGAAAUGUAAUCGCGACAAACAAUAUCAUCAACCAAAGAGCCGACGCCUCGAGAUCAUUAUAUCAAAUAUGCGUCAAUUUACGACAGCGACUAGCACAAGUUCCUGGAUUCAACGGCCAUUUCGUUGAUUCAGACGAUGAAGAUGAAGCCGAGGAGGAUAUGGACCCGGUGUCCUCACUUUGGCGAUGUCUGCGAAAGGGAACUCCAUUAGUAACGCUCUACAAUACCCUACAACCAGCAGAGCCUCUGCCAUUACCCGACAACAAGAUGACCGAACCAAAGAAGUCUAAGAUGGCAGCGUUCAAGUUUGUUGAGGCUUGCAUGAAGGAUUUACAAAUCCCCCCGGGCGAUGUUUUUGCUCUAUCAGAUCUUUUUGGUGAUGACACGACUGGUUUCGUAAAGGUCACCCAAGUCAUCAAUAUCGUUCUUGAUGUGGCGGAACAGCGUGGCCUGCUUCUCACAUCCCAAGCCGAGGAUACCAACGAGUCUGCUACUGCGCCUGGCUCUAAGAUGAGUUAUAGGCAGCAUGUAGUCCGGGAAUUAGUCGACACGGAACGCAAAUACGUCCAAGAUUUGGAGAACCUGCACGAACUAAAGAAGACAAUCGAGCAAAAGGGUGUUAUUGCGGGCGACGUCGUACACGAUAUAUUUCUUAACAUCAAUGCGAUCCUCGACUUUCAACGCCGAUUUCUCAUCAAAAUUGAGACUACAAAUUCUCAACCAGUAGACAAACAAGAAUGGGGACUACCCUUCAGGAAUUAUGAGGAGGCAUUUGGCAUAUACCAACCAUUUAUUGCGAAUCAGCGAAAAGCUGCAACAAUAGCGAAGGAUAACUUUGACAAAAUUACCAUGGCAGAUCAUCCUGUCGUCGUGGAUUUCAAUACUUUGGAUGGAUUUCUUUUGAAACCCAUGCAACGUUUGGACCUCCGGGAUAAAACAAAUGCCAGCGAUGAGGCGAAAGAAGACCUUACUCUUGGUAUCGAAGCAUCUAAUCGUGUGCUUCAUCAGGCAAAUGCAGCAGUUGAUAGGGAACUCAGAGGUGAAGCUUUGUUGGAUCUCUGCGACCGUGUCGACGACUGGAAGAACCAUAGAGUCGAUCAUUUUGGUGACCUAAUUUUGCAUGGCCAUUUCCCUGUAGUUACUGGCAAGAGUGACGUUCAGAAAGAGGUGCAUUUCCCUCUUUCCCCCAGACAAAAUUCGGCAAAAACUUACGAACCUGAACAGUAUACUAUAUAUCUAUUUGAACGUAUUCUUCUAUGUUGCAAGGAAGUCAAUCCAAACAAGUCUAAAGAUAAACUCAUGGGAAAUCAAAAAGACAAGAAGGAUCGAAAGGAUAAGAACAAAAUUAAAGAAAAGGAUAAGAACGCUAAAUUGCAGCUCAAGGGUCGAAUUUUCAUGACUAACGUGACCGAUGUAGUAUCAUCUGCUAAGCCAGGUUCUUACACAGUUCAGAUAUACUGGAAGGGAGAUCCAGGAGUUGAGAAUUUCAUCAUUAGAUUUUCCAACGAAGAGACCAUGAAAAAGUGGUAUGAAGGCGUCGACAAACAAAAGAAAGAACAUGCCAGUAUUGGAUCGCAGACAAGCACUAGUCCCGAUGGAGCACUAAGGGAUUUUGAAUGGGAGCGUGAUCAAAUUGCAUCAAUGCCUAACCCUUACGCUCAACAAGAGAAUGAGGAUGAAGAGGAAGACUACACUGGUACCACUGCAUAUGGAUCCCCACCAAACUCUGGAAUGCCCCCAAAUUUUGGAAUGCCUCCAAACGCUAGCAUGGCUCGAAAUUCGUCUAAUAAUAGCCUGCGCUCAAGAUCCGCAACCGGAGAGAGUAACGCCCCAUCUUUAGCUGGUAUUGCACGAGCACUACCCCCGCGUUUUCCAGUCGGCAUAAAUAUAGCCCCACCUCUCAGUUUACAGACUCAAAUGUCUGGCUCGCUCCCAUCCCCUGGCCAAAGAUUGGGAGACUCGUACUUCUCGCCUAUUGGGGAGUCACCUGCACCCUCUGCACGAACCAGUACAUCUUCUACGAUGUUUCAAUUUCCUCAGAAUUCUCAAUUUCCUCGCCAGCCAACACCCCAAGGCCAGAGCCCUUGGGAGGAUAGCAAUCGUUACACCGCACCUGCCAUUGUUCGUGCACCAUCAAGAGAUAGCCACGGUUCAGUCAGCGGUCCCUCUUAUCAGAUGAAUGGUCGAACGCCACAGAGACCAUCACUUCCUGCCAUGGCUACAUCAUCACAGGCUGCGGCUGCGGCGGCACAACAGCGAAGUCGCUCAUACAGCACUCCUGACAUUAAUGCUCAGCAAGGUGUUCGUCGUCUACCGAAUGGAGCUCUGAGCACCCCGCAAGGACAGGUUCCCGCCGUUCCUGGCAUCCCUGCACAUCUACAUCCAGCUUACGAUGCUGGUGUUCCCAGAUCCCAAAACAACUCACCAAAUGGAUUGCCAGUAAGGACCAACACCCAAUCGCCUGGUGUUCAGAGAGAACGUCAACUGCACCAGCAGCACCCGUCGCAGUACGCUAAUGGAUUACAGUACUCCAAUGGUUCACAAAGCCUGGGCGUGUCACAGCCUAAUUAUACUCGCAGCAACACUACUCAAAUACCAACAACUGCGCUCGAUAGCCGGUUGCCACCAUCACUGAUGAGUGGUAAUGGCGGUGGAAUGUCACUCUCGCCAGAAGGUGACAUGCUAUUACCUACACAGCUCAAAGUCAAGGUCAAUUGUGACGGUAACUAUGUUACAUUAGUAGUGGCUUUCAACAUCACUUAUCAAUCUCUUACUGAUCGCAUUGAUGCUAAGGUUGGAAGAUUCUCAACCAACGCAAUUGCUCGAGGAACAAUGAGAUUACGAUAUCGUGACGAAGAUGGUGAUUUUGUUACUAUUGAAUCCGAUGAUGACAUUCAGAUUGCAUUUCAGGAAUGGAGCGAGGCUCAAAAGUCACAAUACCAAAACACGGGGCAACUUGGAGAAAUUGAGUUGUUUUGUUUAAGCAAUGACGGCGAGCGUUGAGGGCGAGCGUUGAGGGGAGUUUUGACAGUGGUGUGAUGACUCUUGCGGGAUGGAAGCACUGAUGGAUAUGAAUUUUCAUCGUUUAUUUGAUAUAUCAACAUUAACAUUCAUGGAUGGGAGGGUUAUGAUUACAACGUUGCGAUGAUGAUAAAGGAAGGCUCGGCGUGGGUAUAUGAAGUCAGUUUAUUGCUUGCACAAAGGUGUUAUUUGGCGCUGGCGUACUUUGCGAAUGGUGCCUAUGCAUUGGUGGAGGACGAUGGGAGAGGGCGCAUUUAUUGCCUUCACAGAGCAUAUAGCGAAAGAUUAGUUUAUGAAACAAGAGCCUCACAGCUAAGGGGAGAUAUACCAUGGUGCGGUGGGAAUGAAUUAGUAGGAUGACAUAGAAAUACCACAUCUUUG